AUGCCAGGGAUUGGAACUGAAACAUUACGUCAGCAGCCGGCAAAGCCUAGAGUUUGUGAUCAAGAUGUAUCCUUACGUCAGCAGCCGUUACAGCCCAGACUCUGUAGUUAUGUAUCGUUACGUCAGCAGCCGUCACAGCCAGGACACUGUGGCUUGAUACCGUUACGUAAGCAGCCGUCACAGCCAAGAAUCUGUGACUAUAUACCGUUACGUCAGCAGCAGGCACAGCCAAGACUCUGUGACUAUAUACCGUUACGUCAGCAGCAGGCACAGCCAAGACUCUGUGGCUAUAUACCGUUACGUCAGCAGCAGGCACAGCCCAGACAAUGUGGCUUUAUACCGUUACGUCAGCAGCAGGCACAGCCCAGACUCUGUAGCUAUGUAUCGUUACGUCAGCAGCCGGCACAGCCAAGACUGUGGCUAACAAUAUCGUUACGUCAGCAGCCGUCACAGCCAGGACACUGUGGCUUGAUACCGUUACGUAAGCAGCCGUCACAGCCAAGAAUCUGUGACUAUAUACCGUUACGUCAGCAGCAGGCACAGCCAAGACUCUGUGACUAUAUACCGUUACGUCAGCAGCAGGCACAGCCAAGACUCUGUGGCUAUAUACCGUUACGUCAGCAGCAGGCACAGCCCAGACAAUGUGGCUUUAUACCGUUACGUCAGCAGCAGGCACAGCCCAGACUCUGUAGCUAUGUAUCGUUACGUCAGCAGCCGGCACAGCCAAGACUGUGGCUAACAAUAUCGUUACGUCAGCAGCCGUCACAGCCAAGACACUGUGGCUUUAUACCGUUACGUAAGCAGCCGUCACAGCCAAGAAUCUGUGACUAUAUACCGUUACGUCAGCAGCAGGCACAGCCAAGACUCUGUGGCUUGAUACCGUUACGUCAGCAGCCGGCACAGCCAAGACUCUGUGGCUAUAUACCGUUACGUCAGCAGCAGGCACAGCCCAGACAAUGUGGCUUUAUACCGUUACGUCAGCAGCAGGCACAGCCCAGACUCUGUAGCUAUAUAUCGUUACGUCAGCAGCAUGCACAGCCAAGACUCUGUGGCUAUAUACCGUUACGUCAGCAGCCGUCACAGCCAAGAUUCCCUGGCUAUAUACCGUUACGUCAGCAGCAGGCACAGCCAACACUCUGUGGCUAUAUAUCGUUACGUCAGCAGCCGUCACAGCCCAGACACUGUGGCUUUAUACCGUUACAUCAGCAGCCGUCACAGCCCAGACUCUGUUGCUAUAUACCGUUACGUCAGCAGCAGGUACAGCCCAGACUCUGUGGCUAUAUACCGUUACGUCAGCAGCAGGCACAGCCCAGACUCUGUUGCUAUAUACCGUUACGUCAGCAGCAGGUACAGCCCAGACUCUGUGGCUAUAUACCGUUACGUCAGCAGCUGGCACAGCCCAGACUCUGUAGCUAUGUAUCGUUACGUCAGCAGCCGGCACAUCCAAGACUGUGGCUAACAAUAUCGUUACGUCAGCAGCCGUCACAGCCAAGACUUUGGCUAACAAUAUCGUUACGUCAGCAGCCGUCACAGCCAUAUCUUUGUGGCCAACACAUUUUUUUAUGUCAGCAGCAGGCACAGCCCAGACUCUGUAGCUAUAUAUCGUUACGUCAGCAGGCGUCACAGCCCAGACUGUGGCUAACAAUAUCGUUACGUCAGCAGCCGUCACAGCCAUAUCUUUGUGGCCAACACAUAUUUUUAUGUCAGCAGCCGGCACAGCCUACAAGCGGUUGCCAACAUCGUUACAUAUAUACUUUAGCAGUCGGCACAGAGUAG